AUGGGACACUUAGAAGAGAGUAACACAUUCCUUGACAAGGCAGCCAAUGAAGCCAAGGCGGAAAUCGGAGAGUUGAAGACAAAGUUUGGAGACUUAAAUGAAAAAAUAAAGAAGUUUGAGCUUUCUGAAGAUGAGUUGGUUAUUCGGCAACUCUGUUCAAGCGUUCAGAAAAAUAUCUUGAGGAUCGUGCUGCAAGAAAAUUUCAACGAAAUUCAGAACAAAAGUACUCGGUAUAUGAAAGAAUACAUUGAGCAAAUUAAAGACAAAGGCGAGCAAAAAAGAGCAAGGUCAAGAUGGAAAGAGUUACGAAAAGAGGUUUCCUGGAAUGAAUUUAAAUUGAUAACACAGCUAAAACCGGUUAAAACAAGAGGGAACGAAACUGCUCAUCCACCUUUGACAAAAGAGGUCAUAAUGGCCGCGAAAAACAAAUUGGAAAAAAUGGAGAAGUUAGGACCGGAAAUGGUCGAGGCAGUAGACCAACUCGAAGAUAUAUGGGAAACAACAAACAAAAAGCUACCGCAAGGAUAUCUUACAGAACAAGCACCAAGGGCCAAGAACAAGGCGGUCCAAGGAUUACGUCUACCACAGGAUAAAACCAUGAAGAUAUAAGGCUUCCCAAUGGUAUCUAUGCAAGCAGUGCCACUAGACAGGGACAUGAUUUCAAAAAAGCUAGUGGAAGACAAUCUAUUUAAACGAUAUACGGAAAAGGACACUAGUGGGGCUAGUUAAGAUAAUUGUUUAAUUACCUUAACAAAGCUAUUUCUGGAAAGAUAUUCUUUCGCAUCACAACGAAGUUUUUAUUUCCGAAUUAAAUCACGUAAAAUUAUCAAUCUCUAUAAGGUUGACCUAAAACUAUCUGCAAUUAGUUUAAAACUACUACAGCGAGCUAUUAAGAAUCCUGCGCUCUGAUUGGCUGAGCUUGUCUAUUGAUGAUAGACCGCUAGUAACGAAAAGAGCUGGUUUCAAAACUAUAACUAUGGAGUCUAAUUCUCCUUUGUAACCGGCUUUUUUUUAAUCCAUUUAUUUCACCGUUCAGUAGGGUUAGACUAAAACCUAAAUAACGAUUAGACCUCUAGCCCUCAUACGAGUCAAUAGCCUAUUGACUAUGUUCAAUAUCCUAUGAGCCAAUGACUCAUAGACCAUUGUUAAAUAUUCACUUCUUUGCCUUGACUUGAAUGGCAAUGUAUAGCACUCCCGUCUGAUAUCCAGACGUUAAACUAGACAAUGGGGAACGAGUUCAUAAUGUAACCUUCUCUUAAUAUAUUUAUCAAAUCUAUUUACAUUAACAUGCUAUACAUGUUUUUAUCGUACGCACAAAAAGAACUAUCGCAUAAAGGCGCCUAGCUGGCCUACACCUACGCUGUAUAUAUUAGCUAGUGAAAAAACAAACAAGGGACUGGUUCUAGUUAAAAUAUGAA